UUCCUUUUGUUUUUAAUUGUUACUCUUUAAUUGUUGUUAAUUUUUUUUAUCCAUAAUGAAUUUGAUUAAUAGUAAAUUCUCAAAAAAUGUUCGAGAUACUUUGAUAAAAUCGUUUAAAACGUUAGGUCGAGAUCCGAGUUACUUUUCUCAAGUCAAACAAGAUGAAAGUGAAACUCAUUCUUCUGAUUUUGACUCAACUGACAUGGGUUCAGAGGAACCAUUCCUUGAAUCAGCCAAUCCAACUAAAAUGAUCCUUUUCUUGGAAUACAUUGUAACCAAUGAGCCGGACAAAGCAGAUGAAUCAAUUUAUAACAGUUUACUUGAUUGUUACCUGAUUGUUUAUAAAAAGGAAUCAAAUCAAGAUGAAUGUGAUAAUUUACGUAAAAAGAUUAUGUCACUUUUGAAAGACAAUGCUGGAAAGUAUAGCUUUGAACAAGCAAUGAUCUCAUGCCGGAUGAACCAUUUUAUUGAUGGAUUAUUAUUUAUCUAUCAACAAGCUCAACUUUAUGAUCUUAUACUUGAUUAUUACAUUGAAGUUGAUGAUGUUAAUAUGAUUGUGGACACUUGUGAAAAGUUCAGCGAGGAAGAUGAACGCCUAUGGGUUCGAGCAUUUUGGUAUUUUGCCAAAAUUCCGGAAAUUGAGAUGUCCCAUUUACAUCGAGUACUUGAAGAGGUAGACAAACGUAAUCUAAUACCACCCAUAAGUGUCAUCGACAUUUUAUCAACCAAUUCACCGAAUGCCACUUUAACUGCAAUCAAAGAUUAUCUAGUCCGUUGGUUAACAACAAGUGAAACUGUUACAAAAAACAAUGAGCUUAUUUCAGAAUAUCAAGAGUCAACCGAAAAGAUGAGAGAUGAAAUUGAAUCAAUUCGAACUCAGCCCAAAAUAUUUCAAUCAAGUCGAUGUUCAUCUUGUAAGAUGCACUUAGAAUUACCAUCAAUCCAUUUUCUCUGUGGUCAUUCAUAUCAUCAGGGGUGUUUGGAAUCACCAGAGAUGCCAUCAGACUCACCGAGAGACAAAGGAUGUCCACUUUGUUUACCUGAGCAAAUUAGAUUAACAACAAUGAUCACAACACAAAGGAAAACAAUUUCGGUUCCAUAA